AUGGCCCAGGCAGCAGGAGCCGAUGAACAGCUCAAGCGUCCGGCUCGGGACCCGGGACCGCCCCUGGAGGCAGCGCUUGCUAGACCAAGUCACCUGCUUCUUUCGCCCAAUCUUCAUUAUAAACUCAUAAUGAAUCAGACACUGCAGAAAGAUGAUGUUUUAACCCCUACCUUGUCUUCUGACAAACCCUAUUCAGGGUGCAGUUCAGCAGCUGCUACUGUAGCUUCUAGAUAUUCACUGAAAAACAGGCAGCAAGUGGAGCAGCCCAAGCAGCAGGAACCAAGUACUGAAGAACAAGUGUUGAAGGUGGUACAGACAGAACCAGACCUUCCUGAUCCAAAGGUGGAGAAGACAAUAGAACAGGUUCCUUCUAGAGAAAUCAGAGAAGUCGCUGAGAAAGCGACAUCCCCAAUUCCAUCGCUGGCAAGUCAAAUUAGAUCUGGGCACUCACAAGUGCCAACAUCCUCCUCAAAUCCCUACCUGGUGAAUGUCCUCCCUUCAUACACUCGGAAGCCACCUACGCUGGAAGAGUGCGAGAUUGUCAUUCGCCAGCUAUGGAGUAUAAACCACAUGCAGGCCCAAGAGCUAAUGUAUCUGAAAUCGUACCUGCAAGAUAUCCUUAGAAACAAAAGGAUUCCCGAAGACUAUCUGCUAGCAAGUCAGAUUGGGAAUCAAGAAAUUACACAUUUACCUAAAGUGUCACUCAAGAAUACAGCUAAGAAAUGUUUGAUUGUAGCUCCACUCCCUCCUGCUGAAAGGGCAGUUUUGCCAGCACUGAAGCAAACACUGGGAAACCGUUUUGCUGAGAGACAAAAGAAAACUCAAGCUAUUCAAAAGAACCGUCUUCGUCGGACCCUGCUUUAGCCUAGUGCUGCAGCUGUAUUCCAGAUAUCCUUCCUUAGGUGGAUCCAACACCUUAAAUGUUCCAGUACUCACUGCACCUGCUAUGGCUGCCAGUUUUUGAGAGUUUACAUUGUACUUUCAACAUAGAUUGUUCUGCUGCUAUUCUCUCCAUUUCAAUUAAAAGUUGAU